AUGUUGUCGAACGCCAAUCGUUUCUCAUCGGCCACGCUCAAAGGAUUCCAAAGCUUAUGUUGCCGAAGCAUUGGAUCCCUUUCACUGCCUAAAAUUAAAGACUUCACUGUAGAAAACGAACCACUUUUAGAAUACUUGCCUGGAAGCAAAGAACGCAAAGAAAUCGAAGCAGAAUUAAAACGUCUGUCUAAUAAUGUGGAAGAUGUACCUAUUAUCAUUGGCAAUGAAAAAUUUAAGACAAAAGAUGUUAGAUAUCAAGUUAUGCCACACAACCACAGCAAGAAAAUCGCAAAAUUUUACUAUGCAUCAUCAGAUUUAGUAGCAAAAGCAAUUAAAGUUGCUACUGAAGCUCAGACAAAAUGGGAUAAUGUGCCUUUGGAAGAAAAAAUAAGAAUUUGGCUUAAGGCUGCUGACUUGAUGGCGACAAAAUAUAGAAUGAAAUUGAAUGCAGCUACUAUGCUUGGUCAGUCAAAAACAGUUAUACAAGCUGAAAUUGAUGCAUCUGCUGAAUUAAUAGAUUUUAUCAAGUUAAAUGCAUUUUUUGCUAAAGAAUUGACAAAAUAUCAACCAAUUAGUGAAGAUAAAAAUGUCACAUUAAAUAGUUUGCGUUAUAGAGGCCUUGAUGGAUUUGUUGCUGCCGUGUCUCCUUUUAAUUUUACUGCAAUUGGCGGGAAUUUAGCAUACACUCCUGCUUUAAUGGGAUGUUCUGUUUUAUGGAAACCUUCAGAUACAGCUUUGUUAUCAAAUUGGGUUAUUUACGAAAUCAUGACUGAAGCAGGAGUUCCACCAGGUGUAGUUAAUUUUAUCCCAGCAGAUGGUCCUGUAUUUGGUGAUACUAUUACUGCAUCUCCACAUUUAUCGGGUAUCAACUUUACUGGAUCUGUUCCGACAUUUAAUCGACUAUGGACCCAAGUUGGAAAAAAUAUUAAUAGCUAUGUUAACUUUCCAAGAUUGAUUGGAGAAUGUGGAGGUAAGAAUUAUCAUUUUGUACAUCCGACAGCUGAUGUGACAUCUGUUGUUACCGGCUCUAUUCGAUCUUCAUUCGAAUAUUGUGGUCAGAAGUGUUCCGCCUGUUCCAGACUAUACGUUCCUCAAUCUUUAUGGCCUAAAAUUAAAGAAGGACUACUGGAACUCCGUAAUAAGUUGAAGAUUGGGGAUGUUAAUGAAUUUGAUUCAUUUGCUUCAGCAGUUAUUGAUGACAAAGCGUUUAAUCGUAUUGCUGGAUAUAUUGAACAUGCGAAGAAGUCUCCCAAUUUGGAAAUAAUUGGUGGAGGACAGUAUGAUAACAGUAAAGGAUAUUUUAUACAGCCAACUAUAGUUGAGACUAAGGAUCCUUUAGAUAAAAUUAUGACUGAAGAAAUCUUUGGGCCCCUAUUGACGGUUUAUGUUUAUAAAGAUUCAGAAGUUGAUAAAACAGUGGAUCUUGUUAUUAGUUCUACACCGUAUGCAUUAACUGGAGCUGUAUUUGCUCAGGACAAGAACUUUUUAAAAAAAUCUCUUGAAACAUUAAAAUACUCAGCUGGUAAUUUCUACCUUAAUGAUAAGUCUACAGGCUCCGUAGUAGGACAACAACCAUUUGGUGGAAGCAGAAUGUCAGGUACAAAUGACAAAGCUGGUGGUCCACAUUAUGUUCUACGAUGGACGUCACCUCAAUCUGUUAAAGAAACAUUUGUUCCGUUGACUGAAUGGAAAUAUCCUUACAUGGAUUAA